AUGUUACUUUUGUACUUACUACUCAUAACAUUGGUGUGGGCUUCGGUGGAUGUUGGGUUCCCGUUCGAUGAGCAGUUGCCCAAUGUCGCCAGAAUAAACGAAGCUUAUGACUUCACCAUCGCCAAUAUCACAUAUGAAGCCAGCGACGGAAGUUCUGUUAGUUACGAAGCCAACGGCUUACCCUCCUGGCUUCUGUUCGAUUCAGGCUCACGGACCUUCACCGGAACCCCAAGCGAAAGCGACGUGGGCACCUUUGACAUCGAGUUGGUAGGAACCUCUGGUACCGACUCGUUGUCUCAGACAUAUUCCAUGAUAGUUUCCAAUAGUUCUGGGAUUGAGUUGAGCUCUGCCAACGUGAUGUUUGUGCAAAUCAGCGAGUACGGCCAGACCAACGGGGUUGACGGGUUGGUGGUGCAAGAGGGAGACAAAAUCAAUAUCCAGUUUGAUAAAGAUGUGUUCAAGGUCAAGGAGACCAGUGAUAGACCCAUAAUUGGGUAUUACGGACGGUCUUCUGAUCGGUCGUCGUUGCCCAACUGGAUCUCCUUCAACUCGGACAACUUGUCGUUUUCCGGCACCGUUCCCCAUGUCACAUCCCUGAAUGCUCCCUCUUUUGAGUAUGGCUUCAGCUUCAUUGGAUCCGACUAUUAUGGCUACGCAGGGGCUGAAGGGAUCUUCAAGAUCGUGGUUGGAGGCCACCAGUUGAGCACUAACAUCAACGAAACCAUCAAGGUGAAUGGAACCUAUGGGGCUGAAUUUGAUCUCACGGUUCCGGUGUUCACCAAUGUGUUUUUGGAUGCAAAUAUCAUUGCCCAGGAAAACAUUAGCAGUGUGACUCCCCAGAACUUGCCAGAUUACAUAACCUUCAACCAGGGUAACUACACGUUAACGGGAAACUACCCAGAGGACUCGACCUUUGAUAACUUUACUAUUGUUAUCACUGACGUCUAUUCCAAUGAGGUGGAAUUGCCAUACUCGUUUGACUCAAUUGGCUCGGUGUUCACCGUCAAGAACUUGCCCUCUGUGAAUGCUACUAGGGGAAAAUGGUUCUCUUACGAGUUGUUGGACUCGUACUUCACUGAUGUUAAUGCCACAGAUGUGAGUCCCUCUUAUAAUGCGGACUGGUUGCAAUAUCAUUCAAGAAACAAGACCUUCAACGGGAUGACUCCUCACCACUUGGACACCUUGUCGGUCAAGAUCGAUGCCUCUUCGGACUUCGACACCGAGUCGAAGCUGUUCAGUGUCAAAGGUGUUGAUGCUGUGCGCAAACACUCAUCCUCAUCAUCCUCAUCAUCCUCCUCAUCCUCGAGCACUUCAUCGUCCAGCUCCUCUACCAGCACCGCUAGUGCUUCCUCCGGUGCUGUUAAAUCAAAAGGUCACAAAGACAACAGUGACUUGAGAAAGAAGUUAGCCAUUGGUUUGGGUGUUGGUGUGCCAUCAUUAUUGAUUCUUGUGGCGGCCAUAAUACUCUUGUGCUGCUGUGUCAAGAGAAGAAGAAAGACUGACGAGGAAGAAAAAUCUGGCGAUACUACUUUGGAAGAAGACGAGAUCAAUGGUCCAGGGUUUGGACAGAUAGACAAGAGCCCCAAGGUUCUUGCUACGACAAAUGUCAAGAAACUUGAAAAGGACGAUAUAGAAAGUACUUCAUCUUCGAUCACACACGUCGACAUUGACAGCGGUGGAUCCCAAUACUAUGAUGCCAAUGAUGAAGACGAGGACAGGCCUACCAAAUCCUGGAGAGCCAACGAUCAAAGUGAUGUUGCCAAAGGUGUGGGAGCAGGCUUAACUAAGCUGGGUAAUGUGAGACAGUCCGAUGCCUCAUUAAGCACUGUCAAUACAGACAAGUUGUUUUCAGUUCGACUUGUGGACGAUCAACUGAUCCUCAGAGCAAGUCAACAAUCGUCAUUCGGCUCCGGCCAAUUCAUCAGUAACAAUUCGUUAAACGCAUUAUUAAAUCGAGAAGAUUCAGGCAAUUUUCAGAGAUUAGAUAGUGACGGAAACAUCGUCGACAAAACAGACGCUUCUCCUAGAAGGCAUAUAUCCAGAUCACCAUCUUCCAAUUUGGGAGUAUUAGUGGAAAACUCUCUUGAAAACUCUAGAGAGUAUCCAUCCGACUACUUGAGCACCUCUUCCAACUUCGGUAUGAGGACCGAACACAGCAAGAAUAGUUUACACAAUGAUUACAAUGCCACACAGACCCCCGAAGGGGACUACAACUGGAUCGAUUCCAACCACGAAAGUUACAAGUUCUUGAAUAACGGUAAGUCCUUGGACAUGGAAUUAUCCCAAAACUCACUCGCAUCGAAUCUUUCAGACAAUCCCCGAAUUUCCAGCACUUCGAUUGGAAAAAAGGCCAAGUUGGUCGACUUCACCAGAAGAAGCAGUCUUAGGGAAAGUGCCCAAAGCUUGACUCACACAUACGAAGGAGAAAUUGCUCAGAUACAUAGCAACGAUAGUGAGUGA